UGCGUUUCACUCUAUUUUAACUCAGUUUCGAAUGUUCCAUGCGAGUUCGCCUCGGUGUCGAAUGAGUUUCGCGUGUUUUCAAGCUAGCUCGGCUCCACAGGGCCCAGCCGCACUCCCAGAGCCCACUGGCAGGUGGUCCCCAUGUUCCGCGACCCCACCUCCCAGCGUAACAAGCCAGAACCCCCUCGUCCGGUGCCUCCCAUGGCGCGAGCAGCCUCGGUCUCUCCUCCGACGACGCCUCGCUACCACCGGAAUCAACCGAUCCAAAGCUCCAAGCUCAAUCCAAUCCACGAGGGCAUCGCAAUGGCCAUGGCGUCAUCGGUUCUCGCUGCUGCAGCCUCGCCCCCGCCGACAUCGUGUAGAUGGAAGCCUCUUCCUGCGGCUCAUCCACCAGCAAACCCCUCCCCCGCCCUGCGCCUGCUGUCGCCCGCUUGUCCUCUCCGGACUUCUCCCAUCCCCCGCAAUUCUUGCGCCGGCUCUGCCGUCGCGAGGGCACCGUGUGCGGCGGCGGUAGUAGGUGGCGUCAAGGCUGAUGUCACGGGGCGGGAGGCGCCCAACUGGGAUGUUCUGAAGCGGGCGGCGCUGUUCGCGCUGGGCUGCUGUGCUGCCGCCGCCGUGCUCGGCUGCGGCGCUGCGCGGGCUGCGGUGGAGGACUCAAUCAGGGCGUCCGGGUUCGGGCUGCGGGUGGCGUCGUCGCUGCGGAGGCUGGGGUGGCCCGACGACGCCGUCGUGUUCGCGCUCGCGACGCUGCCGGUGAUCGAGCUACGGGGGGCGAUCCCGGUCGGGUACUGGAUGCGGCUCCACCCCGUCCGCCUCACCGUCCUAUCCGUUCUUGGGAACAUGGUGCCUGUGCCAUUCAUCAUACUCUACCUCAAAAAACUUGCGGCUUUUCUCUCCCGAAGAAGUGCCUCUGCAACCCGAGUUAUGGACCUCCUCUUUGAGCGGGCACGACGGAAGGCUGCUCCUGUUGAGGAAUUCCAAUGGCUUGGUUUGAUGUUGUUUGUUGCCAUUCCGUUUCCAGGAACAGGAGCAUGGACGGGGGCAAUCAUUGCAUCUGUCUUAGGCAUGCCGUUCUGGUCAGGUUUCUCGGCAAAUUUUGUGGGAGUCGUCCUAGCAGGGCUGCUAGUAAAUUUACUCAUGAAUCUUGGUCUGAAAUAUGCCAUUAUCACUGGAGUAGUUUUGUUCUUUAUAUCAACUAUCAUGUGGAGUGUCCUUCGGUCCCUCAAGAAGUCAGUGAAUGCCAAAUGAUGUAAUGAGUCUCCAUCAAAUUGUUUCUGAUGCCUUCAGAGUUUUAGUUUCAAGUUUUUUUUUGUUUUUGUUUGAAACGAACCAGUUUCAAGAGUUUGACCCUUGUGUGGGAAGUGCAGUUGUAAAAUACUCCUUAUUUCUUCUUCGUUUUGCCUGUCUAUGCAGAAUAAACUCUCAA